ACCACACCGCAGCCGCUAAAUAGCGGAAAAGUCAGCCUCAACACCUAUGUUUUUCUGUUCUUUCUUGCGCCAUUGAUAGGUCUGUGUUUGACGCCAUCCCUGUCUCGCCCUUGCGCACAGUCACGUCCGAUAUUGCGUCCACUGGUCUGGAUUCAACUGAAACUAGCCCCCGUAGCCGGGGCACACUUCUAUCUCUUCAAGCCUUCAGCACAUUCAUCUAUUUCCAUUUAUUCGUCCGCUACUAGCCAUUACCGCCUCCAUAGAGCCCCGCAUACUACGUCAUUACCGAACACAUCACUAAACAUGCAGCUACCUGCAUUCCUAGCACCUCUGCGAUCAUGCAAACUAAAUCGAACAACAAGAUCGCUCAUUCUCCUCGUCUGCGCCUUCACCGGAGUGUACACUAUCUUCACCUACUCCUACACACACUAUAGUGGCUCCAGCUUCCUAUCUGACCUCAAGUCGCAAUUCGUCUCUUCCAAUGCCACACGCAAGCUCGCCCCGCCCAUCCCGUCAGAGGUCUCCAACGCGGACCCUGCACUCGUCCUCGGCGAGAGCCACUCCCCCGACUCUGGAUUCAACUAUGAGUUCAACAACGGCACUCAUCGCGCGAACGCCACCCUGCUCAUGCUCGUGCGGAACAGUGAGCUCGAGAAGGCAAUGCAGAGCGUGAGGGAGCUUGAGGAAAAGUUCAACCGCCAAUUCGGGUACCCUUGGCUUUUCUUGAAUAACGUGCCUUUCUCCAAGGAGUUUAAAGAGGAAAUGAGCAAGGUUGUGUCGGGACCGGCAACGUUUGCGAUGAUCCCGCCACAUCACUGGUAUCAGCCGGACUGGAUAGACGAGGAUAAGGCGACGAAGAGCCGGGACAAAAUGGUUGAGGAAAACAUUAUCUACGGAGGCAGCGUAUCGUACCGCAACAUGUGCCGCUUCAACUCUGGCUUCUUCUAUCGGCAUCCACUGCUGCAGCAGUACAAGUGGUAUUGGCGGGUCGAGCCGGACGUGCAUUUCCACUGCGAUGUCGAUGAGGAUCCGUUCCUGUACAUGGAGGAACAUAACAAAGUCUAUGGCUUUACCAUUACAUUAUUGGAGUUCGAGAAGACGAUAGCUACGCUUUGGCCUACCGUCAAGGAGUUCAUGGCGGAAAACCCGCAGUACGUCGCGGAAGAAAACUCGAUGGGAUACCUCUCCGAGGACGGCGGGGAGACGUACAAUCUCUGCCACUUUUGGAGUAACUUUGAAAUUGCAGACAUGGACUUCUGGCGGGGCGAAGCGUACUCGAAGUUCUUCGACUACAUCGACGCAAAGGGCGGGUUCUACUACGAGCGCUGGGGAGACGCACCGGUCCACAGUAUCGCCGCGUCGCUGUUCCUGCAGAAGGACCAGGUCCACUUCUUCGACGAGAUCGGCUACGAGCACCAUCCAUUUACACACUGCCCGCACGGUCCCGGCAUGAUCAGGAAGAAGCAUUGCACGUGUCGUGGCUGGCGCAGCUUCGACUACCAAGGAUAUUCGUGCAUGCGGAAGUGGGAGCGAAUACACAAAUGAUCGCUGGCGUGCUGUCCAGAGGUUGAUGUGCCCGUCUCCCUACGCGAAUUUUCGUAUGGUGUUUGGGCGGUGGAGGACGUGGCGUGGCGCAUCGCCUGCGGGACGGCGAUUGCCUGAAUUCCGCAGGCAUCGGAGGUCCCGGCCCUUGUGCAGGGCAGCCCGCCCGGUCGAGCGCUUAAUGGCGGGGCUGGUAUGCGCUCAUGCAAUGUGCGCCGAACUUGUGGUGCAUCUGCAUCUUUUACUAUAUACUAUGUAUGUAGAAUCGGAACUAGUGGUAUGCGACGCUAGGCACAAUAUCUCUGCUUGGAUGCAAAGAUUCAUAUACCGGGGCCCUGAACAGGAUCAGAAUGUAU